AUGGGUGGCGCCCACGGCAUGUGGCCCGUGUGGAUGACUAAUGCUUGGUGCUGCAUGGCCAUGGGGAGCCCAGGGUGGGGGGCAGAGGUGCCCGGGGGGCCUGGGCACAGAGAUGCCAGUUUCGUGGACUUGGAGACAGGCUCUGCCACUUGCAGCAUAGCCUUGCCAGGCCAUUUCCCAUCUGGGAACCUCGGUUUCUCCAUCUGUAAAAAGGAGGACCGUGGGGGCCGCUUCCAGCAGAAGCCUCAGGCCCUGACGGCCUCCAGUUAUCGGGCCCAUCCUGAGGUGGGCGCUCGCCACCGCAGGGUCUCCGUCCCUGCCUUAAUCUGGGCAGCAGCUGUCAAAGGCCCGUGGGAAGAGAAGGGCCGGGAGAGGCCUGUGGUGGUAGUCUUGUCCACCUCCCUGGGGGGCUGCUGUGUGACCCCGACUGCUGUGACUCAAUUAUCCUUCUCCAUUAACCAGCUGUUUUCUCGUUUGAACCCCUCCUCCUCUUCCUCCCUUCCCUCCCCCUUCACGGUGGGUGUCGCCUCUUGUUCUGGGACUCUUCUCACCCAUGAAGUCCAUGAACCAGAGGAAGUCCAAGAAGAAGAGAAGCCUCGGCCAAAACUCACCGCGCCCAAGAUCCCGGAAGGAGAGAAAGUCGAUUUUGACGACAUCCAGAAGAAGCGGCAGAAUAAAGACCUCAUCGAGCUCCAGGCCCUGAUUGACGUCACUUGAAGCCCGGAAGAGGAGGAGGAGGGCUCAUCGCCCUCAAGGAGAAUUGAGAAGCGGAGAGCGGAGCGGGCCGACCAGCAGCGCAUCCGGGCCGAGAAGGAGAGAGAGCGGCAGAACCGGCUGGCCGAGGAGAAGGCCCGGCGGGAGGAGGAAGACGCCAAGCGACGGGCCGAGGAUGACCUGAAGAAGAAGAAGGCCCUCUCCUCCAUGGGGGCCUCGUACAGCUCGUACCUGGCGAAGGCCGACCAGAAGAGAGGCAAGAAGCAGACGGCCCGCGAGAUGAAGAAGAAGGUCCUGGCCGAGAGGCGCAAGCCCCUGAACAUCGACCACCUGGGCGACGACAAGCUGAGGGACAAGGCUAAGGAGCUGUGGGACACCCUGUACCAGCUGGAGACGGACAAGUACGACUUUGGGGAGAAGCUGAAGAGGCAGAAGUACGAGAUCAUGACUGUCCGAGCCAGGGUGGAGAUGCUGGCCAAGUUCAGCAAGAAGGCCGGAGCCAAGGGCAAGGUCGGCGGGCGCUGGAAGUAAAGCGGGAAGCAGCGCGCCUCGCGGGCACAGAGCCGCCCCUCCUCCCCCCGCGUCCGGCCGGGCCCCCCCCCGGACGCGAAG